AUAAUAAUCUCGACCUCUAAAGUGUUGGAAAAAUAGAAUAUUAUAGUCAACUUGAGCAAAAAGAUGUAACGGUUUCGAUUAAGUGCUAUUGCUGUGGUCGUCCGAUGAAUGAGAUAUAGAGGGAUCGGCAGUGUAAGCAUGUAACGAUGUAUUAAAGAUUUUAUCUGGUUUGUUGAUUGGCGAGUGUAUUCGAGCUACAGCUCUACCACAGGUAAUGAUUACCGUUCACGUGGUCAUUCUCCUCGUGGUGCUGUGCAGUGCAACAGCUGAAUCAGGGUCUGGAGCGGUUUCUGGGAGUGGAGGAGAUGAUGGGGAUUACGGAACUGGCAAAGACAACACGACAAUCAUCGAAGAGGAAGUAAAGAAGGAACCGGUGCAGAGUGGAGACAGUGAUUUCUCAUCUSAUGUAGAUAGAAUUAUCGAAGGGUUUUCUGCUACUGGGAUGGAGCAAAGUGACACUUCUAACCACAUCAAAAACCAGCAUCCUGCUCCCCUCUCAACUCAACCAAUAUUUUCUCCUUGGAACAAGAAAGCCGAAAAAUCCUUCGAUCCUACAAUCAGACUAGACUUUCAAAAUUCGAAAAAAAAGAUCAGGCGCAAAGACAAUGUUCUAAGGAAACGUCCACGAAUGGAUCCUAAAAUACUUCCACGUGAAAAAUUGUCAAAAGCGGAAAACAGAUCCAAACAUAAACAUAAAGAAAGACGAUAUGAAUACAGAAGAGGUCCCACACGUAACAAUACAAAAUACUCCCACAUAGAAUUUGCACAAGUAAACAAGGUCAUAGACGAGAUGGAAAAACUGAAAAAAUCCAAGACUGACGAGGAACUCGCGAAGAAAAUUCGUAAAGGAACGGAGAGCCUCGGAGUUACAUUCAAAACAUUUGAGCAAUUGAGUGGUCUAUGGAUAUCUAUACUACAUAGAAUAUGGCGGGUUUGGAAGGCUAAAGGMGCAAGACAGGUGAUGAGUUCAAUAGCAAAGAGUAUUGCAACUAAAACAACGCAAACAUUGACACCUCACUUCGAUCAUCUCUUUCAAAAUAAUCAAAAAAAGGAUCAUGAGAACGAAGCCGUAACCAUUUCAUUCUUACCAAAGAAUACAACAAAAGAAAAAAGAAAAGAUGUUUUGUUUCAUAAUAAUACUCAAAGCAAUCAAAUACAGCAGAGAGCAGAUAGAGCUUUGAAUCAAGAUWCUAAAAUGUUAAAAACAAAAACCGAAGAAAAGAAGACUGCAAAACAUGACGAUCUUCAGAAUGGAAUUAAUGUACAUUUGAGUGGGGUUCCGUUCAAUUCCUCGGUAAAGAAGGGAGAAAAAAAUGCUGAAUUUAUGAAACAAAGCAACGUUUUAAAGGAAGCAACUGUCACGAGAAAUGUGAAAAGAAACGAAAGACAGAAUCAAAAGCAAGAUCAGGAUAGUGGUUUGCAAAUUAUUGGAAAACAAAGAAGUAAAGAGAAUCAGAGUGACACCAACAAGMACGGCAAACAAAGGAACGCUGCAACGCACGUAGAUUCCAACUUCAAUUCACAUGGCAAUUCAGUUGGUAUUAGGGUGUUUCUUAAGGCUCCUGCAAAACUGAAAGACAAAAGAUUAUCAAGCAUCAGGGAAUAUAAACUCAUGAAUAAACGUACAGAGCUCAUGAAUACUCCCACGUCACCAAGUUCCAUGUUGACGAGCUCAAGAAAUAACAAUGAUUACAAGACUCAUCAAUAUCUCCAAGGUGUGCUUCCAGCAGACGGUGUGAGUAAAAAUCAAGUUAAAAUGCUUCAAGAUAAGGUUAAUCAUCUUGAGACUGAAGUUACUGUACUGCAAACAGCAGUAGCUGGUCUUGUUCAUAGAAUAAAUAAUAUGGAACGCUCAUUCCAAGAAGUAUCUAAUGUGACACAGAAUGAAGUUAUUUAUGGUUCAACGCAAGCGUCUACGGCUACGACUACGUCACCAUCACAUUCUAUUGGUUCAACACAAAAAGCAACAUCAAUAUUCCCUUCGUUUUCAAGACAAUAUUACGGCACAAUGUUACCAACUCAACAAWCUACGCCUACAUCCCGAUCUAUAAACAACCAACUACUUUCACCGGGAAUGUUUCUCGAGAGCAUGCGGGCUUUACAGACGCGACGACAAAAACCGGUAAUCGUCCGUCCCAGUACCAUGCCUACAUCUUUUAUUCAACAACUCCAAGUGGAAGAAUUGCCAGCUAAGCAGCAUUUAACAUCAGCUAAAUCAUCACCCUUUCCAGAACCGUUUUUAAUGAAAGCUUCUAGCGUCGCAGAAAACUUUCACAAACAACCAUUAGCCACUGAAAAAUUAAAAGACAGUAGGCAUAAUGUGCAUCAAAUUAUUAUUCCGCUUGACACAUUGUACAAAAUGCAGGCUCAGGAGGGAAAACAAGUACCUGCUAACAGUUAUGGUGAAUCACGUGAUUUAGAUGAAGGCAAUAUUGUGUCAAUCCAUUCAAACACCAUGCUGAAAGACAAAACAAAGACAUUUCAAGCUCCUGUAAACAAACAUCAGCAAUAUCUUGGAAUGGAUACGACGCAAGACGGCCAUAGUAGUGAGCCACGGGUCAGACCCAUUGUCAAUAUAAUCGUACCAAAUUCUCAGACAGCAUCAAUUCUUGAAAAAGAAAUGUGUUGGACUCCUUGUAAAAAUGGUGGAAAGUGCAAUGGCAGCAACACGUGCCAGUGCCCCUUUCCUUUUUAUGGCAACCAAUGUGAACGUUUUUCUCUAUACGAUUUUAUAAAUGAAAAAGCUAAAAAAUGGUCAGUAAACUCUAUGAAAAGAAAUUCAUUACCAAGUGAAAAUCUUCAACAAGUAUCGCUUAAAGAUUUGAUGCGUCUUGGAGCUAAGAUUCGAUUKGCCAAUGGUCGAUCAGGUGUUUGAUCUGCCAAGAAUAGAUAAAUAAAAACGAAAACACCGUUGUCAGUAUCAAGAAAAUAAUUUUUUUCCAGACAUAAAAAAUAAUGACAAUUACUGGCCAUUAUCUUAAACGGAGCUUAUUACCGUUUUUUGAAAAAAGGACAAAUUUCGAGCUUUGAGCUGAGUACGAGAAAACUCUUAGACUCUGUUAUAUUGUUAUGUUACAUAAAUAUAGAUAUGUAUCCGCUACCUGAUUAAAAGGGGUCGCUGAAGCAAUUACUGGUAUUGAGUAAGUACGUUUUUAUCUACUUGCAUCAACGCUUACGCUCCAAUGCUCGAAUCGGCUCCAUGGGUAGAAUCUGGAUUGAUCAAUUAGACCUUUUCAUGUUCGGUUUAAUGUUUUACUAUUUUAGAUCGCAUGUCAUUUUCUUGAUAUUAAGAUUAUUUGUGUGCGUGUAUGUGUGUGUGUUUGUGUGUGUGUGUGUGUGUGUGUGUGUGUGUGUGAGUUGUGUACAAAGCAUAUGAUAAACUGUUUAAAAAAGAAAUAAUACUCUACUGUAUGACAAGAGAUCGAAUAUUAAGUAUCCAUUACUGUAGUUUUUUGAAAAUCUAUUUUUAGCUCCGCGCGCAAGACAGAGCUACUUUAGCAUGUGAUUCUUGAUUGGUUAGWWGGGUACACAAGAGAUCGGCAGUGCAGUGAGAAGAAAGCUUUAAUGCAGUUGACAAACCAAAAGUUAUUCAAAUUUACGAGGAAAUGUGUUAGAGAGAUGUGCUCCCUUACUUCAUAUUCUCUUGUGUAUGAUUAGUGGUCUGAAAUGGGAAAACAUUACACCCAAGCUGAAGGCAUAUAGAAUUCGUCUAAAUUGAAAAAAAAAAAAAAAAAAAAA